GCUAAACAUUUAUAUAAUAAACAACAGCGUGCAGUCCUAGAAAAUGGCGUUGUUCGAAAUGAAAUGGCUGCGUCGCUUUGUGCGGCGCAACACAAGUCCAAUACCGGAGCAUCGUGCCGAUUUGUGGAAGCGCCGCUUGAGCAUUGGCUAUGCGAUAUUGGCGUGGCAGGCAUUCGGCCUCGUCUGUUACAUGGUCUACACGGGUCGCAACGACUGGGCCAAAUACUAUGGCUACAAAACGGAGGAUGAGCUGUCCUUGUCGCCGGCCCAACAGUUCGCCAGGCAUGUCAAAGUGGAGGGCACAGGCAAGAUUAUACGUAUAUCGGGCUUUUCCAAAGUAGAGGAGGUCCCUUUCGACUCGAGCACCAUUGACCGGGUGAAGGACUAAGCCUUAUCCCUUAGUUAGUAUAUAUAUCAAUUUUUUUGUUAUUUAUAUGUUUUUCUUAUUGCAAAAUCGAUGUAAUAAAAUAGUAUAAAUUCUGUGCAAAGAG